AUGGCUCGCGCACUAUUACUACUCACACAAAACAAGUUCACUAGCCUAUCUCAAGUAGGUUUUGCCACAGGAACGUUGCUCCUGUGUGCACUGGCGCUCUUCAUGUGCGCCAGCCAUUCGAGGAAAUGGAAGCGAAAGUUGAGAGUAUGUUAUGGCUAUGGUGAUCGCCAUGACCCUAUUAUUCAGCUCAAUCAUGAAGAGAUUAAUGAGAAUUACCAUUUUGAAGGUGUUGAUCCAAGCACAUGCAGUGGUGAAGUUGCAAUAUGGAAGAAGAAUAUAAUCAUGGGAGGAAAAUGUCAGCUUCCUGAAUUUUCUGGUGUCAUAAUAUAUGAUACUGCUGGGAAUUUAGUUGAUCCCAAAACUCCACGACCUCUUGCUCUUACAUGGAAAGAAUAG